UCCACAAUUUUGUCAAACGUGAGAGGGGUCGCUGCCUUUGUGACAGGCAUCAGCUUCUUGUUUUGUCGCCUGUUUGCCUUUCGAGGAGAGUGAAGGUUCCGACAGACACGAUGCAGACGAGCUACGCAGGGACGAAGAUUCUGUGGAGGACGCGGCUUGUCUCGUCUCUCUCUCUGUUGUUUGAAAAUCCUGAAAUCGCUCUCCCUUCUGCUACUUUCCCUGUCUCCUCUCUCUGUCACUCUUCCUCUGCUUGCUCGCCUCCCUCCGUCGCUUCCUCUGCUUGCUCGCCUCCCUCCUUCGCUUCCUCUGCUUGCUCGCCUCCCUCCUUCGCUUCGUUUUCCUGCUCUCCUCGCUCCUUCGCUUCGUUUUCCUGCUCUUCUCCCUGUUCCACUAGGUUUGCUUGCUCUUCUUUCUCUUCCUCCUUCGCCGUCUUCGCUUCCUGCGGUGCGUCUGCCUCUGUUUCCCCGCCUUUGUCUGGAGCGAAGAAUGGACGCUUUUUUCGCGCGCGGAAUGUCUCGAGUGGUGUUUCCGGAGGGAAGCCGGCGGACCCCCGCCGGGGAGAAGCAGAGACUGAGGGCGCUGAAGGAGUUGCAGCCGCCUCGAACGGCGCCAGGGAAAGCACUGCGGAAGACGCGCUUUCUCCCUCGAAAGACGCCGACUACCAAAGGGCAGCGGACGCACUCCUAAAGACGCUUUUUCAGCAAGUGGAGGCGGACGAGUGGGAUGGCGUUGAAGACAUUGACUACAGGGAGGGUGUACUGCAGAUAACCUGUCGUGGAGGACGGACCCUCGUGAUAAACAAGCAUUACGCGACGAAACAAAUCUGGUAUGCUUCUCCCAUCAGCGGCGGCGACUACUUCGACUACUCAGCAAAUUCUUCUUCAGGGUGCCCCGCAUCAUGGCGCUCGGCGCGGUCCGGUCGAACGCUUGGCGAGGUGCUCUCGACAGAACUCCGGCAGCUAGCGAGGAAAUGA